AUAACACCGCGUCGAGAUGCGCAAGCGCGCGCGCACGGUUAUAAGAUUUCAGGCUGUGUGGCGUGUGACAGCAUCAAAAGAGGAAAAGAGUGAGUGGUGGAACGGCAGUGGAGGAGAGAGCGAGAGGAAGUUUGAGUUAAAUCAGAUUCUUUUUUCUCUCCUUACCGCGUAUGUACAUACGUGUAUACUCUCUGCAGUGCGCGAUGCUUCGGUGAGUCGAGUGUGUCAUCUCUUACGAGGACUGGAGUAAAUGGAGAUCUGUCAGAUGCGGCGUAACGACGCAGUCAUCGCGGCCGAAAGGCGAGUAGUUUGCACGUUAUCGCAUACAAAUUACCGAUAACGCCGGUUUGAUGGCUUACCGGAUAUACCUUGUCACAAGGACUCACAAGCGUCGCAAGUCAAGAUGGACAGAUUACGACUACUGCCUGUGGAUUUACCUGCAAUCACUGUCAGUAAUACUGGAAAUAUUAAAGGCAAGGCAUCUUUCGUUCGACGAUUGGCAAUAGGAUUUGUAAUUUUGGCUAUACUAGGCCUUUUAUAUGUGCCAGCAUACCACUCUGCUCAGAGUCCAUUCUUAGGAUUAGGUGAGACUCCAUCUCCUGCAGAACCUCUUGGCAGUUCACAUUCGAUAGCAUCCGUGGCACAACUACCUGGAUGGUCAUAUAAUACUUCAAGAGAUCUCUGUGUUUAUAUUCAUCCAGAAAAUACUACAUCAAUUCUUAAUCCUACCAACAUCUGUUCACCAUCGCCAUAUUUGUUAAUAAUUAUAUGCUCGGCAGUCGCAAAUCAUGAGGCUCGUGCUGCUAUCAGGAACACAUGGGCCAACAAGUAUAAUUUAGAUCAUUUAUAUAAUUCUGCAGUGAAAAUAGCAUUUCUAUUAGGACAAAGUGACAAUGACACACUCAAUAAUUUAAUUAUUGAAGAAAGUUCUCAGUAUAAUGAUAUUGUACAAGAACGUUUUUUCGACACAUACAACAAUCUAACGUUGAAAUCAGUCAUGAUGCUAAAAUGGGUGACAUCGAAUUGCAAUCAAGCCAAGUACCUAAUGAAAACGGACGACGAUAUGUUCGUGAAUAUUCCGUUGCUCCUGCAAACAUUGCGUUCGAAAACGCAAAAUACCGAAACCCUGCUGCUAGGUUCUCUUAUUUGUAAUGCUAGACCAAUAUUAGAUCCUAAGAACAAGUGGUAUACACCAAAGUAUAUGUACCCGGAGAAAACAUAUCCGAAUUAUUUAUCAGGCACGGGGUAUGUUAUGAGCACGAGUGUAGCAUUUAAAUUAUAUCAAGCAGCGUUAGUGACACCAUUGCUGCAUUUAGAAGACGUUUACAUCACAGGUUUAUGCGCGAAACGCGCGAAGAUCCGACCUGUCAAUCAUCCGGGAUUCAGUUACAUACCUCGUAAGUUAGAUCCCUGCGUACUAAGGAACGCCAUUACCACGCACAAAGUUAAUGCGUCCAAUAUGUAUGUGAUUUGGGUGAAGCUAAACGACACGAGCGUCACAUGCAGCAAUCACACUCGCAUUGACAGAAAGCCGGUUACGUUGAGUCGAAGCGGUAGGAAUGCCGGCUACUAUGUUUUCAAAAGGAAAACUAUAAACCGAUGCAUUUAAAUGUUUUCUGAUAACAUUCUUUUCACGAUUGAUUACGUCACACGGAUUGUGGUGUGAAAGUAAUAAGAUGGGUUUUGUAAUCUCGAAACUGGCAACGCUAGAUGAAUACGAGCAACAUGAUUCGGCAGCUAUAUUUCUUUAUCUGUCUGUGAUGUGAUGAUAUUGAAUUGAUUACUCAACCGAUCUUUCUAAAAUGCCGUUUCGUGUGUUACUCGCUUUUUGUCUCAUCGUGUCGAAUGCGAAUGGUGAAUCAUUAAAUGUCGAAAAAAUCUGAAAUCAAUGAAUCUCCCAUUCUAAUACCAGGCUGUGUCUACUUCUCAUUACUAGUUUAUGAUUGAUAGCGAGCCUUUAAGUUUCGCAUAAGACUACGGCUGACUUAUACUGACAGUCUGACUGAUCGUCGGUUAGCGAUUUAUUGUCUCCCUGCAGAUCAUGGUUUUAUGCGUAGUGUAGACACACAGCGACAGAAAGAAUUUAAUUAACUAGAAUUAACGUUAACUGAUAUUGGUGCAACCGGCCCUAUGCAUAUUUGGGAAGAGGAGUCGAACAGACGUUCGGAUGGUAUCCGAAGGUGUUUUGUAUAUUUUUCUAUUUAGACCAAAGUAGUAUUUAAGGAUACGCUGUCAAUUAGAUCUUUUACAUAAUUUGACCGUUUCGCCUCUGUGUCAGGCACAACGAUUUAAUAACGAGAGAAUCUUCGACACAUGAUUUUUGAAGAAAUGAUUCACGUGUCACAAAUGAUUUAGUUAAGUAUUAGGCUUAUCGAUUAAUAUUUUCUAAUCACACGUAUAACAUAUUUAAUCAUGCAUGGAAAAUUCUUCAUGCGCAACACUAUUCCUAAAUUUUGUGCAAUAUACAAAGAUUAAAAGAUUAAAAAAGAUUGAAUAGUCAUUAUCCGAAAGUUGCAAGAGAGUAGGGGGAAGAUGAGAGACAAUGUCUUUAUUUUACAGAUAAUCUCCAUAGAAUGUUGUAUUGCUUCUAGGUACUUAUGUCAAAUCAUUUAAGAAUAUAACAACACGAUCAUCCUUCUCUCUCUCUCUCUCUCUCUCUCUCUCUCUCUCUCCUUCUAAGAUUAAUAGAGUAAUUAAUCUAUAUAUUUCAGAAUCUCUCGUAUAGCCUUGUUUCCUGAGCAUAUACACUUGGUUUUAAAAUAGUUUGAAUACUUUCUCUUCGGUGCAGUUUAGAAUGUAGUUAAUGAUAUAAUGAAAGAGAAUUUCUGGGAAUUAAUCAAAACCCACUUCUCUCUAAGUAUUUAAACUGUUUUGAAACCGAAUGCAUGCAAUAUAUAAACUAUAACAUAAGAAAAUUGCUUCCUUGAUGUGGUAAUGUAAGAUAUAGAUAUCGUUUUAUAUCUAAAUAACAAACUAUAAUGUUAAUGAUUGAAUCUGAAACAUCUGACAUAAUGAUAUUAUCAAGUAUAAAUUGAUAUUCUUAUUAUUUAUAUCCCUUAAAUAUUUGCGUCGACUCUACUACCAAUGAGU